AUGAAGGAGACACUGAACCACACGUCACACGGAGAUGGGCAACAAGAAGCUACCUCUCUCACUGGGUGCUCUGGAGCUCCAUAUAGAAACUCUGUAGCUUCCUGUGCAGAUGAACCACCUCACAUUGGAAACUAUAGACUGUUGAAAACAAUCAGCAAGGAGAAUUUUGCAAGAAUGAAAUUGGCAAGAUACAUCCUUACAGGCAGAGAGGUUGCAAUAAAAGAUGACAAAACUCAGUUGAAUCCAACAAGUCUACAAAAGCUCUUCAGAGACGUAAGAAUAAUGCAGAUUUUAAAUCAUCCAAUCCUAGUGAAGUUAUUUGAAGUCAUUGAAACUGACAAAACACCCUACCUAAUCAUGGAGUAUGCAAGUGGAGGUGAAGUGUUUGACUAUUUGGUUGCACAUGGAAAAAUGAAGGGAAAAAAAACAAGAGCUAAAUUUAGACCGAUAGUGUCUGCAGUCCAAUACUGCCAUCAAAAGCGAAUCGUUCACAGAGACUUCAAGGCUGCAAAUCUAUUGUUAGAUGCUGAUAUGAACAUUAAAAUAGUGGACUUUGGUUUUAGCAAUGAAUUUACUGUUGGCAGUAAACUGGAUAUGUUUUGUGUCAGUCCUCCAUCUGCAGCCCCAGAGCUCUUCCAGGCCAAGAAAUAUGACAGGCAAGAAGUGGACAUGUGGGGCCUCAGUGUCACUCUUUACACCUUGGUCAGUGGGUCUCUCCCCUUGGAUGGACAGGACCUAAAGGAACUGAGAGAGAGGGUAUGAAGAGGGAAACACAAAAUCCCUUUCUACAUUUCCACAGAUUAUGAAAACCUUCUGAAACGUUUCCUGGUGCUAAAUCCAAUGAAACGAGGCAUUCUAGAGCAAAUCAUGAAGGACAGGUGGGUCAGCACAGGGCAUGAGGAAGAUGAACUCAAAACAUUUGUUGAACCAGAACUGGACAUCUCAGACCAGAAAAGAAUAGAUAUUAUGGUGGGAAUGGGAUACUCACAAGAAGAAAUUCAAGAAUCUCUUAGCAAAAUGAAAUAUGAUGAAAUCACAGCUACAUAUUUGUUGUUGGGAGAAAAAUCUUCAGAGCUGGAUGCUAGUGACUCCAGCUCUAGCAGCAGUCUUUCACUCACUAAGGUGAGGCCAAGCAGUGAUCUCAACCACAGUACUGGCCAGUCUCCUCACCACAAAGUGCAAAGGAGUAUUUCUUCAAGCCAGAAGGAGAGGCCGUAUAGUGACCAUGCUGGACCAGCUAUUCCUUCAGUUGUGGCAUAUCCAAAAAGGAGUCAGACCAGCACUGCAGAUAGUGAUCUUAAUGAAGAUGGAAUUCCCUCCCAGAAACCAGGUGGCACUGCUGGUGGAGAAAAGGGAAUCAUUCCAGCCAGUCCUAUGGUUGGGGAUACAAGCAAUCCCAAUAAGGUGGAUAUUUGGGAGCGCAAGAAAAGCUCCACUGUCCUGAGUAGUAAUACAGCAUCUGGAGGAAUGACAGGGUGA